AUGGAGGACAUUCCCGGAACGGUGUUUUAUCUUACUCCCUUUAACAACAACAAAUAUGCCGCAGCGAUCAUUCGAGACUCCGCGAAUCACAGCCGACAAGUACGCAGGGUGCCCAACACGGACUCGGACGAGCUAGCCUUGCGAAUCGGGCUCGACCAGCAACUCAAAAGCCAACCCUACCUUGUACAGUUUGGCCGGCGCGAACACAAUGAUUGUGUCGUGGUACUGAGCCCUGACCCAUAUCGCAACCCCGAUGGUCUUGCUGUUGAACGUCAGUGGAUCUUCAUCGUGCGUAACGCCGAGUUUCGUCUGAUACCGCGAUCAUCGCGGGGCCAAGAUGAAGCGACAUUCACGUCCGCAUCAACGAUCACUUUCAACCCCCAUAAUACGCGGUUCAGGACCCCACUCGAGCCUGAGGAGGACGAUCAGAUCCGAUCUACCAGGAUCAGGACGCUUGGAAGCGGAGGACAAGGUGAAGUGCAUAAGGUUAUUGACAUGUAUACCGGCGCGCAUUACGCUUGCAAAAUCGUCGCCGUGAAGGCACAGGUACCCCAAUGGAGGAUCUAUUCGGAGAGAGAUUUCAGGGCAAGAGUUGAAAUGGAGGUGAACUUGGUUCGGGAGCUACGGCACGCCCAUAUCGUCCCAUACGCACACACCCAGGGGUUCAAGAUCGGCCGGGAUAUCAAAAUCUUCAUGCCUAUUUAUGAAGGAAACCUUCACGACUUGCUAAAGCGGCUCCGAUGUGAAGUACCAGGCACGGUGCUGGACAAGACCGACGCGAUGCUUUCCCAGAUGUUACACGCACUGGACUUUGUACACACUCGCGAUCCGCCAAUCAUUCAUCGAGACAUAAAACCUCCGAAUAUCCUCUACUCAGGCGACCAGUUCUUUUUGACCGACUUUGGGAUCGCCAAGGUCGUUGAUACAUCAAAUACUGUCGUUGGGACACAAUGGUACAUGGCGCCUGAAGUUUGGGCAAACAGGGAGCAGACACCAAAGGUUGAUAUAUGGGGACUCGGCGUGACUGUCAUGGAGUGUUUGGUACAACUCCUGCCUGAAGAAGAGAGGCAAGCCCGGUUUUCGAAAUGGGAGCAGUGGUAUGAGUACCUCCAGGGAUGUCUAAACCAGCACCAACAUGCACGUCCCUUUGCGUCUAUGCUCGCCGUUGACAUCGGUCGGCGUCCAAUAGCUCGCGAUCUUCUCACCCUACAAAACCCACUGACCAAUGCCACCUUGGGUUUGGGAGUAUCGUCACGUGCAAGCCAGGCAACCGGGAAAACGAUAUACGCCGCUGCGAGUACUCCCAUGGAUUGGACAGGAACGGUAGCCACGGCAUUCUUUCAGGGAAACCCUCAGCCCAAGCAAUGCAAUGGGAGUAUGGAGCACUCGCAGUCAAACCCAGUGGCAGUUCCAUCGCCAAACAUGCCUCCCAGUCGACCGGCGCAGCCAGCAGCCAGCCGUGCAGGGUCUGUCAAGUCUGUGAGGUCUCGAGACGGAAGGCCGCAGAGAGGCCACAAGGGUGGUGGGUCAUCACAGAACGGGCGUCAUACACUGUCUUCUGCCGGGGUACCAAAACGGUCCUCGGGCAGAAAGCAACGACCGAAAAGCAUACGCAAGGCACAUGAGGUUCAAGCAUUAGGAAUGGGAUAA